AUCAACACCAUCAUACCGCGCUACCAAGACUUUGUAUGUUGCCGGAUUGUUAGAAAUGUCAGAUCAUUGGUGGAGUAAAUAUGCCAAAUUUUUGCCUACUUUGUUCAGAUCCGCUGCGGACGAAAUAUCAAAUCGAACGGACAUUUUGGACGGAUAUGAAUUACAAUUUGUAUAUGGUGAUACUAAGGGUAAAGAAGGUUUGGCAGGGAAAGUCUUAAAUGAAGUAUUGUCUGCGUCUCCGACAAAAAUAGCAGUGUUUGGACCUCAGAUGUCUGACGAAGUGAAACUUGCGGGAGCUAUCACACCAUUCUACAAUAUAAUUCAGAUGAAUUUCGUAGCAAAAACAUCUACCACGAAAGACAGAUCUGUAUAUCCAACCUUAUAUUCCACCAAUUACAUAGAAGAUGACCUAAAUCCAUUACGUAUAGCUUUAAUGAAAUAUUUUGGAUGGAACAGGGUGGCAACCUUGGCGUAUAAUGAUGAUACAUUUACAUCACAAAUCGACGAGUUUCACCAGGCCUUAAUAGACAAUAAUAUGACACUUAUUACAUCUGGGAUCAUCACAGACCUCAGGAACGUAGAAAAUCAUAUCACAAGGCUCAAGCAAUAUGAUUCCAGAGUAAUUGUUGGUGCCUUCCGAAGCUCAGCUGCGAGAAUUAUUUUCUGUGAGGUAUAUAAGCAAAAGCUCUACGGAAAACGAUACACCUGGAUACUAACUGGUGCUUCAAUGUACAGGAACUGGAUAAAAAAUGCAGAUGUAAAAGAUCUUCCCUGUACUAAAGCUAACUUAUACGAAGCAGCCGAUCACAUGAUAACACUGGACCAAAAUCAACUCAGUUCAGAAAACACAGUUACUCUCUCCGGUCGGACACCGGCGGAGUAUGAUUCGUGGAUGAAAAGUGAGGCAUCUAAUACUGCGUACAGUCUAACAAGAUCCCAUCCCUGGAUAUAUGAUGCCGUCUGGGCUUUAGCACUAGGCCUCAACAAUAGUCUGAAAUAUUUAAACGGCAGUAAACUGGAAGAUUUUAGCUAUGACAGGUCUGACAUAAGAGAAAGUAUCAUAAAAGGCAUGGAUGAAGUUAGUUUUGAUGGAGUAUCAGGACCAGUAUCCUUCAAGGAUGGAAGGCGUAUAGGACAAUCGUUUAUACAACUAAAUAAAGGAGACAACAGAACUGAUGCUGGUCGUUUCGAUCCAGACAUAGGAAGUAUCACGUGGGAUAUAAAUCCAUCGUCGUUAUGGUCAGGUAAUAAAAUUCCGAAGGAUGGCUCUAAAACACAAACAGAACUGCUCGCAUCUUCCAUAGCUGCGGUUAUCAUCCUUGGAAUUUUAACAUCCUUUGGAUUAAUUGGUGCAAUAGGACUUCUUAUUUUCAACAUUUUCUAUAGAAAAAACAGGCAUAUCAAGAUGUCGAGUCCAAAAAUUAACAACAUAAUCAUAUGUGGUGGUAUCAUUAUGUUCAUGUCUGUGUAUGUAUCUAUGACGGAAUAUCUUAACCUGGUUGAGAAUGGAGCACUCUGUAUGUUAAGCUCAUGGUUCUUAGCAGUAGGAUUUACCUCAGCAUUUGGUGCAUUGUUCUCAAAGACAUGGAGGGUUCAUGUCUUAUUUCAUAAUAAUAGUAUCAAGAAGAAGGUCAUAAAAGAUAUUCAGUUGUUUGCAGUGUGUGGUGUAUUGAUGGCUAUAGAUCUGUCAAUAUUGGUACCGUGGACGCUAUUCUUUUCUCUUACACGGAAAGAGGUUGUUGUUACAAUUGAGGAUGAAGAAAAUGACAUAACACACAAAGAAAUUUAUACUGUAUGUACAAGUUCUACACAGGUCUACUGGUUAUGUGUCCAGUAUGUUUACAAAGGUCUUCUGUUAGCCUUUGGUACAUUCCUAGCGUGGGAAACAAGAAAAGUAGAGGUUCCUGCCUUAAACGAUUCCAAGUUAAUUGGAUUCUGUGUUUAUAACAUUGUGGUGGUUUGCCUUAUUGGAGUUCCAUUAAAUCAUAUACUUGAUGACGAACAGAAGACAGCAAGAUUUGUUCUGAUGAAUUGCUUUGUUAUGUUCUGUACAGCUUUAGUUUUAUGCAUACUUUUUAUUCCCAAGUUGAAACUUAGAAACGAGACUGACAAUAUAAAAUUUGUUCCAUCACUAAAUGCCAAGAUAACAUCAACAGUGAGACCAAGUCAGCAAACUAAAGUACCGUCUUCAGAUCAAAACUAA